AUGGAAAGAAAAUAAAACUUAAAAAGUCCAAGGACAUCUUAACCUACUCCAAGAGAAAUAUUCAGCCAAUAAAAAUCUAAAGGAUUGUUUAUUAAUAAGAAAGAUUAUUAAACUAAUUAAUCUACAGGUUUGCUAACUACACUAAGGCAUCAAAGCCCCCAAUCAGUUACCUAGUCAACUCAGAAACCAGAUUCAAGGUUGCAUAAGUCUUACAACAAAUCUAUACCUAGUUAGCUUAAUGACAGUGGGGCUAAGAAAUUAAAUCAAACAGUGAAUAUGAAUGUAUAGCAAAUGCUCAAAAUCAUAAAAAACAAAUAUCAAUAAAAGCAGCUUCCAACAGAUGAAUCGAUAGAGCUCUCUCCAGAGAAAACAAAACAGGAUGAACUUCAGGAAUCCUUGAAUGACACUCCAAGAUCCUCGAUUGGUCAAGUAAGAGUGCAUAAUCGCACCCCUUCAUAUCAUUAAAGUAAUCAAGAAGAAUACGAUUUUGAGGACAGUAUAUUUAAGAGUAAACUACAUUCGAUUAAAACUAUCAGACAGGAUCACAAGAGUAUUAAAAUUAUAGGAGGCCGGACCAUGAUUCACUUAGCACAGAAUGACAAAUAAAAUGGAAGUUAACUAAUGGAUAGUCUAGAUUUAGACCAUCUAAAGUACGAAGGAAAAGGGUUUUAGGAGACAGAAAGUAGUAUAGGAAGUGAAUGCAACCUUUCAAUAAUAAAUAGUAGUGUCAAUCAAGAGUCGCAUCCUUAAAUAGCAUAUUGGAGUAAUUAUAAUAAAACACCAACCACAAGUGGAAUUAAAGAUUACUCUAAUAACUCAAGAAACAAUAGUUCAUAAAAGAAGAAUAAUUUUUCAGAUAGAAUGCAAAUAGAAAAUCAAAAAAAUAUCGCCCACAAGGUUUAAAAUAAAAAGUAAAAGAUUAUAAAAGAGGAGUUCAAAUAAACUCAGGGGAGUUCCUCGUAAGAAAAGUUUAAAAUAAAUACUUUGAAUUUGAAAAAAUUUUGGGAAAAUCAGUAAACUAAUAACACCAACCCUACAGGGAGUAGUUAUCAUACGCAAUAAAAUACUGUUAUAUCAUAGCAUCUAAAUUCUAAAAGUGAUCAAAGAUAAGUUCUAAGUAAGAUCAAUGAGGGAGUUGUUAUACAUAAAUUCAAACUUAAAAACCCUUAGAAAAUAACUGAAUCAUAAUUAAUGAAAAUGAUCAAUCAAGUCAAUCCAAUGGGUCUUUUUAGCUUAAAGGAUAUCAAGUAUAAGUUUAAAAAUAGUGUAAAGAGCUAAGUAAUAGUAAGACUCAAGGGCUAGAUCGAUGGAAUAUAAAAUAGCAUGAUUUAUAACAAGUUGAUGUCUGUCUGUGAAUCAAUAGAAUAUUCCCAAGAAUAGAAGCAUCAGAUAUGA